AUGCGGCAUCUGAAGCGCGGCGCCGGCGGCGCCGACCCCCGCGACGCGGCGGUGCUCGAUUUCGUGGGGCUUGGGGAGUUCGCGCAGCUCUACCUCCCCGACCACCCGCCCGACGAGCUUGGGCUCUCCGCCGCCUACGACGACGCUUCAGGCCGCAUUAUGGUCUCCGUCUGCGGCGGCGCUGUCUCCGCCUCCCUCGCCGACUUCGCGGGCGCCCUCGGGCUGCCGAUGGGCCCGGUUGGCCUCCCGGCGGGGUUGGACGCGGCCUUGUUCUCCACGGCGGAGGCGAUCGGAGCCGUGAAGGGGAUUGUCUGCGAUCGCGUGCUGCUGGGAUGGGGAGGGAGCGGCGUUGCGGUGCCGAUGGAGGUCGCUGCCGCGCUGCGGUUGGUGGAGGAAGGCAAGGCAUACGAGGUGGACUGGGGCGGCUUGAUUUGGGCAGUGGUGAAGAGGGAGGUGGUAGCUGGGACGCCAUGGCGGUACGCGCCGUACCUCCUCCAUCUGAUGGUGUGCCAAAGGCCGGAGCUUUUCGCGGAGAGCUUACCGCUUGGGAAGCGGUUCAAAGAUCAGGUAUUGCAGCAGUGCCAGUUGGAAGACGAAGAAGAAGCCUCUUUGGUUUUUCUGGGCACCCAAAACAUUGGGGACUUAGAGGAAAUGCCAAUUUUUGGCAGCCAAAACAUGUGUUUUUUUCCUCAACCGCAGGAGGUGGAGUGCAGGGACACCCAAAACUCGCAUUUCCAAGCCCUCAUGCAACAAAUCCAAGGUUAUGUGUCUGACAUGAACAGUAAAUACCUGGAUAAGGAACAGACUUGCAGGGACACUCAACAUGAGGUGGAGUGCAUUAAGGAUAUGGUGAAGGAAAAAGAUAAACAAAUUGAAGCUACUGUCAAGGGUAUACAACAGGAGCUUUUAGCUAGGAGAGUUGUAAUGCAAAAAUUCGAAGCGGACAAGGAUCAGUUGUGCCGCAGUGUUCAACAUUACCGUAAGUUACUUAAGAAGUCUUUAGCCAAAUUUCAGGACCAUAGGAAUAUGGUAACACGUGGGAAAGGAGUUGACUCGUAUUUGGAGAAUCUUGGUAUAACUGGUGGGCAGAAUCUCACUUGGAUGCGCCAAAUGCAUUAUCAGCGCCAGAUGUUUGAAACAUGUGAUUCAAAUUCUUCGAAGCUUCUCAAGGAGUUUACAGAAAUGGAGAGGAGCAUUGCAAACCUCAAGCAUGAACUGGAAAGGCUAAAGAAUUGUAGAUCAAUUCCGGACCUCAACAAUGGCAAGCCUCAAACAUGA